AUGCCACAAAUUAUUCAUCUCGUGCGUCACGGCCAAGCCGUUCACAACCUCUGCGAAGCAGACAACGUUCUGCCUGACACCGAUCUGACACCUCUGGGAGAAGAGCAAGCUAGAGGCCUGAUCUCUAAGUGCCCAGAACUCGCCAAUGUCCAAUUGAUCGUGUCAUCGCCACUACGACGUACUCUCCAAACGACCCUGUUGGCGUUCUCGUCACAACUGAAGCGCGGGUUACAGAUUGUGGCCUUGCCAGAAGUACAGGAAGUCAGCGAUAUGAACUGCGACACUGGCAGUGAUCUCUCUGUGAUUAAGGCAGAAUUCCAACAACAACCGGUAGACUUCAGUCUCGUUGAGCCGGGCUGGCAAAUCAAGGAGGGUAAAUGGGCUCCAGUCGUGGGAAGUAUUUUAGAGAGGGCUCAGGCAGCACGGCAAUGGUUGAGCAAAAGACCUGAGGAAGAAAUCGUGGUUGUUACUCAUGGAUGCUUUCUGCAUUUUCUGACCGAUGACUGGGUGAACUCAGUUAAUCCUAAUGGUACGGAUUGGGUUAAUGCAGAGGUUCGCUCCUAUACGAUUUCGCAUGACGCGCGCGAAGGGCCAGUUUUAUGUGAGACCAAGGAGUCCAGAGAGAGGCGAGGAGUGGAAACAGUUGCUCCGACCAGGGAAGAACAACUAAAGAUGCGACAGGCCGCUUUGAAAGCAGGGCUUGAAUGGGGUCUCAUACGGGCGUCAUAGGUUUUGUCCAUGGCGCAUAUUCUGCAGCAUGAAGAAAACAGUUCUCGACCACGG